AUGUUCAAUGGUAUUGAUGAUCAGGAUUUAAAUUUGUGCGUUUUAGAAAUAUCACUUGACUUGGGAUUUCGAGAUCAGUUUCCCCUCUCUUCGUACUUCGGCAUUGUUCUCGAUAACUGUUUCAUUACUCCAAAAAGGCAGCUGACUACAGGUGAAUAUGUUGUUCGCACUCGAAGAUACAUGUCUUCAAGUGCCGGUCCAGUAGAAUCUCGAUUAAACCGGGUUUUAUCUCAGAAGUUUGAUCCGACCUUUUUGAGAAUAUAUAACGAAAGUCACCGUCAUAACCAGAAAAUAGGUAUAGAGACGCAUUUUAGAGUUGUAAUCGUGUCUCAUCAUUUUAAUAAUCUUUCUCCUGUACAGAGAGAACGCUUAGUGUAUAAGUCAGUUGAACAUGAACUACAGUCUGGUGUGCAUGCUUUAUCAGUUAUAAGCAAUUGA